AACGGGAACCCGCACGACCUGCUGGACAUCAGGCAGAUGAGGGACCGGAGCAGCCACCCCAUCGUCAAGAAAAUUAAACCAGGCAUCUCCGUGGCGGCGGCAGACCCACAGCAGGCGACGCCCUACCUGCGCUCUCUGCUCCAGUUCGCAGCAGCCCACGUCCCGGCUCCAAAGCACAAGGAAACCCCGCUGUACAUCCUGUGCACAGCCGGCAUGCGGCUGCUGCCCGAGAGGCAGCAAGCUGCAAUCCUGGAGGAUCUGGUGAGAAACGUGCCCCUGGAGUUUGAUUUCCUCUUCUCCAAAUCACAUGCAGAAGUGAUCUCAGGGAAACAGGAAGGUGUCUAUGCUUGGAUUGGCAUCAACUUUGUCUUAGGCCGGUUUGAUCAUGAGGAUGAGGAGGAUGCGGUGGUCACUGUAGCUCUGGGCAACAAAGGAGAGUCCUUGGUUCGGAAGCGAACAGUUGGGAUCCUAGACAUGGGGGGCGCCUCCCUGCAGAUCGCCUAUGAAGUGCCUGAGUCUGGAGCCUUCUCCUCUGCGCAGCAGGAGGAAGCUGCCAAGAGCCUGCUGGCAGAAUUCAACCUGGGCUGCGAUGUGCAGCACACUGGCCACCUGUACCGCGUCUACGUCAACACCUUCCUGGGCUUUGGGGGCAAUUUUGCCCGGCAGCGCUAUGAAGAGCUUGUGCUGAACCAGACCUUUGUGCACAACCGCCUGCACGGCCAGCAGACAGCACUGAGCCCUGAGACACCCUUCCUGGACCCCUGCCUGCCUAUGGGGCUGGAGGACACGGUGACAAGGGGCAGCCAAACCUUCUAUGUCCGGGGGCGAGGGGACUGGCCAGCCCGCCCCCUCCUGGCUGGGCCCAACAGCAGCCAAGCCUCCCUGGUGGGGGCCUACAAAGCACCCAUCGACUUCGGCAACAGUGAAUUUUAUGGCUUCUCUGAAUUCUUCUACUGCACCGAGGAUGUGCUGCGCCUGGGGGGCCAGUACAGUGCCCACGCCUUCACCUCUGCCGCCCAGGAGUACUGCAGCCAGCGAUGGGAGGUGCUGACCCAGCGCUUCCGUGGUGGCCUCUACUCCGCACAUGCUGACCAGCACCGGCUGAAGUAUCAGUGCUUCAAAUCGGCCUGGAUGUACCAAGUCCUUCACCAGGGCUUCCACUUCCCCCUGGACUACCCCAGCCUGCGCACAGCCCAGCUGGUGUACGACCGGAUGGGAGCCAUCCUCUACAAGACACGGUUUCUGCCACUCAGGGAUCUCCAGCAGGAGAGCAUCCGGCAAGCACAUGCCUCCUGGUUGCGCCUCUCUUUUGUCUACAACCACUAUCUCUUCUUCGCCUGCAUCCUGGUGGUAGCGCUGGCCAUAGUCCUCUACCUCCUGCGGCUGCGCCGCAUCCACCGCCGGCAGCUGCGCUCGGCCCAGCUCAGCCUGCUCUGGCUGGACAAGGUGGUGGUGCCACCGGGCCAGGGAAAUGGGCCAUGA